GAAUUCAAUGAAAACAUAAAGGACUUGACAGUAAACAGACUCGGUCUCAUUUCAACGUCGGCCUGGCUACACGACACUACCAAAGAAUUGUCUCUUGAUCGUGAAAACAUCUGCCCGGGAAAAUGACCAUCUCAGUGAAUCACAACAAGGCUUGGUCGUCGGAAAAGAGCGCUCGGCUGGAAGAAGAACUCGGUCGACGGAUUCUGAUUAUCGAUGGCGCUAUGGGUACCAUGAUACAAAAGCAUCGUCUGGAAGAAGAAGAUUUUCGGAAUGAAGAGUUAACUGGACAUGAAAAGAAUCUUAAAGGAAACAAUGAUUUGCUCAGUAUUACUCGGCCGGAAAUCAUCUACGACAUCCAUACCGCAUAUUUGGAAGCUGGGUCCGAUAUUAUUGAAACCAACACCUUUAGCGGUACGUGGAUCGCACAGGCUGAUUACGGAUUGGAAGAAUGGGCAUAUCGAUUAAAUUUCGAAUCUGCCAAGUUGGCAGCUCGUGCAGUGGCCGAUCACGAGAAAAAGACGGGCAAGCAAUGUUGGGUAGCCGGAGCGCUUGGUCCAACGAAUCGUACCUUAUCCAUCUCGCCAUCAGUCGAACGUCCGGACUUCCGAAAUAUCACUUUUGACGAACUGGUGGACGCAUAUACAACUCAGGCCAGGGCUCUAUUGGACGGUGGUGCUGAUAUUCUUCUAGUUGAAACCAUUUUCGACACGGCUAAUUCCAAAGCGGCGCUCUUUGCCAUUGAAAAUCUUUUUGAAAAAGAAUACAGUCGCAUUCCUGUUAUGGUCUCUGGAACGAUCGUUGACAAAAGCGGGAGAACUCUGUCAGGACAAACUGGAGAGGCCUUCGUUAUCAGCGUGUCACAUUCGAAUCCAUUAUGUAUAGGUCUAAAUUGUGCACUUGGAGCCCGAGAGAUGAGACCCUUCAUUGAAACGAUUGGACGUUCCACGUCAGCAUACGUCAUUUGUUAUCCUAACGCUGGUCUGCCAAACACUUUCGGUGGAUACGACGAAACUCCCGACUUAAUGGCGGAAAGUUUGCGGGAUUUCGCCAGCGACGGCCUUGUCAACAUUAUUGGUGGUUGCUGUGGAACUACACCUGAUCAUAUCAAAGCUAUUAAAAAAAUUGUGGAAAAAUAUCCACCCCGAAAGCCAAGUCCCAAUCCUUAUGAAGGCCACAUGCUAUUAUCUGGAUUAGAACCUUUCCGUAUCGGAAAAGAUACAAAUUUCGUUAAUAUUGGUGAACGUUGUAAUGUUGCUGGCUCUCGCAAGUUUUUGCGACUCAUCAAGGAUGGAAAAUACGACGAGGCUUUACAAAUCGCCAAGGAGCAGGUAGAAAAUGGUGCUCAAGUUCUUGAUAUUAAUAUGGAUGAAGGUAUGUUGGACGGCGUAGCAGCGAUGACUCGAUUUCUGAAUUUGAUUUCCUCAGAGCCUGACAUAUCCAAGGUUCCAUUGUGUAUCGAUUCGUCCAACUUCAAAGUGAUCGAGGCCGGAUUGAAAUGUAAUCAGGGAAAAUGUAUCGUCAAUUCCAUUUCAUUAAAAGAGGGCGAAGAAGAUUUCAUCCAUAAAGCCACAAUUGUAAGAAAAUUUGGUGCUGCAGUUGUCGUUAUGGCGUUCGAUGAGCUUGGCCAAGCCGCAGACACGGAUCGCAAAGUUGAGAUUUGUGUUCGAUCCUACAAGUUGCUUGUUGAUAAGGUUGGAUUCAACCCCAACGAUAUUAUUUUCGAUCCCAACAUUUUAACCAUAGCCACGGGAAUUGAAGAGCACAACACUUACGGAAUUGAUUUUAUUGAAGCUUGCAGAAGAAUUAAAAAAGUGUGUCCCGGCUGCCGAGUGAGUGGCGGUGUAUCAAACAUAUCCUUUUCCUUCCGCGGAAUGGAGCAAAUCCGUGAAGCCAUGCAUUCCGUUUUCUUGUACCAUGCUAUUAAAGCCGGCCUUGAUAUGGGAAUAGUAAAUGCCGGUAAUCUUGCCGUUUACGACAAUAUUGAUCCUAAACUACUGCAACUCUGCGAGGCCAUUUUAUGGAACAAGGAUGCUCACGGGACUGAAAAACUCCUGGAAUUUGCUCAAACUGCUGUCAAAGGUGAAAAGACUGUGGAAGUUGAUGACUCUAGGUCAAAACCAGUCGAAGAGCGUAUUGAAAAUGCCCUUGUGAAGGGUAUUGAUAAAUACAUUGUCGAAGACACAGAGGAAGCCCGAUUGGAUACAAAAAAAUAUCCACGUCCGUUGAACAUCAUUGAAGGACCGCUAAUGAAAGGAAUGUCAGUCGUUGGAGACCUGUUUGGUGCUGGAAAAAUGUUUUUACCUCAAGUAAUCAAAUCAGCUCGAGUGAUGAAAAAAGCCGUGGGCCAUUUGGUACCUUUUAUGGAAAAAGAGCGUGAAGCUGCCCAGGCCAUAUCGGGUGAAGUUGCGUCAGAAAACGAUCGUUUCGCUGGUACGGUCGUUCUCGCCACGGUUAAGGGCGACGUCCACGAUAUCGGUAAAAAUAUCGUCGCUGUCGUUUUAGGCUGCAAUAACUUCCGAGUUAUCGAUAUGGGGGUCAUGGUUCCCUGUGAUAAAAUAUUGGAACGAGCAAUUCAAGAAAAAGCCGAUAUCGUCGGACUUUCUGGACUGAUUACUCCAUCCUUGGAUGAGAUGAUUCACGUAGCCAAAGAAAUGCAACGCAUCAAACUGAAAGUGCCUUUGCUAAUUGGAGGAGCCACAACUUCUAAAGCUCAUACUGCCGUGAAAAUCGCUCCGGCGUACGAGCAUCCAGUCAUUCACGUGCUCGAUGCGUCACGUAGUGUGGUUGUGAGCUCGGCUUUGUUAGACAAAAACACUAUACAAGAAUACAUGGAAGAAAUCCGAGAAGAUUACGAAGACGUCCGACAGUUACACUACGAAACUCUACGUGAUCGCAAAUAUGUCAGUUUGGAGCUGGCCAGAGCGCGUCGUUUAAAACUGGAUUUCACUAACCAAUUCAAACCAGUUCGUCCGAGUUUCCUGGGAGUCAAAGUUUUUUCGGAUUACGACCUGGAAAGUCUUAUCCCAUACAUAGACUGGAAACCGUUCUUUGAUGUUUGGCAGCUGAGAGGGAAAUACCCCAAUCGAGGAUACCCAAAAAUUUUCAACGAUGAAACAGUUGGUGCUGAAGCCAAAAAAGUGUUUGAUGAUGCUCAAAAGUUGUUGAAACAAAUCAUCGAUGAAAAACUUCUCCAUGCUAAAGGGGUAUUGGCGUUCUACCCAGCCAACAGCUGCGGUGAUGAUAUUAUGGUUUAUGAAGAUGACGAUUGGCCUCGAGAUGAGCCUCUCGCUCGAUUCUGUGGACUGCGACAGCAGGCAGAGAAGGAGAGUAAAGAAGAACCUCAUUUGUGUCUCUCGGAUUUCAUAGCUCCUCUUACGUCUGGAGUUGGAGAUUACAUUGGAAUGUUCGCCGUCACGGCAGGAUUCGGAUGUGAAGAACUUUGCGCUAAAUUUGAAAAGGAAAAUGACGACUACAAUAUUAUCAUGGCGAAAGCCUUGGCUGAUCGUUUAGCCGAAGCUUUCGCUGAAGGAUUGCAUGAAAUUGUGCGUACCGAGCUGUGGGGUUACUGCUCAGAAGAAAGGCUUGCACCCUCUGAAUUACACGGCAUCAAGUACAAGGGGAUUCGUCCAGCUCCGGGAUAUCCCAGCCAACCAGAUCACACUGAAAAGUUGACAAUGUGGCGUCUCCUACAAGCGGAACCGAGAACUGGAAUCCGAUUGACUGACAGUUUAGCCAUGGAACCCGCUGCUUCGGUAUCCGGUCUUUACUUUGCCCAUCCGGAGUCUCAUUACUUUGGCGUUGGGAAAAUCUCCAAAGAUCAAGUGAUUGACUACGCAUCGAGAAAGGAAGCUGACGUUUCUCAAGUUGAAAAAACUCUGAGCAUCAACUUGGCGUAUGACUUGUAAACGUGCUGUCAAUUAAUCCGAAAAGAAAUCAUUUAAGGAUUAUUUGGCAUUUUAGCACUAUGCAAAGAUCAUGAUGAAAUAGGUUAAAUAAACAAAUUUUAUAUGGCA